AUGGCUCCCAAGAUCGCGAUUGUAUACUACUCCAUGUACGGCCACAUCAAGACGCUGGCCGAUGCUGAGUUGAAGGGUAUCCAAGAGGCUGGCGGUGAUGCCAAGGUCUUCCAAGUCGCCGAGACCCUCCCCCAAGAGGUUCUCGACAAGAUGCACGCACCCGCCAAGGACUCCUCUGUCCCUGUCCUCGAAGACCCCUCCGUCCUCGAAGAGUUCGACGGAAUCCUCUUUGGUAUCCCCACCCGCUACGGCAACUUCCCCGCGCAAUUCAAGACCUUCUGGGACAAGACGGGCAAGCAAUGGCAGCAAGGCAGCUUCUGGGGUAAAUACGCCGGUGUCUUCGUUUCCACCGGAACCUUGGGAGGUGGCCAGGAGACUACUGCCAUUACCAGCAUGAGCACGCUUGUGCACCACGGUUUCAUCUACGUGCCCCUGGGUUACAAGACUGCCUUCGCCAUGUUGGCCAACUUGGAGGAGAUCCACGGUGGAAGCCCGUGGGGUGCUGGUACCUUCUCUGCUGGUGAUGGUAGCAGGCAGCCUACUGAGCUUGAGCUGAGCAUUGCCAGGGCUCAGGGUAAGGCCUUUUACGAGGCUGUUGCUAAGGCACACCCGUGA